AGUAAAUUAUACAGAUUGGAACACUGCGUCACAUGAACCUACUAAUUCCGGCGGCAUAGAGGACUGUGCUCAUUUAUUGCAUGGGCAGAACUACAAAUGGAAUGAUGCGCCGUGGAAACAAUCAGUUCCGUACAUUUGUGAGAGCCAUCAGAUGCAAAGAACUCUGGUAGAUACUUGUGCAACCACCAAAAGACGGUUAAAAUAUUGUGCAAAAGAUGAAGAUAAUUUCUCCACUAAUUGUGAUAUUUUGCUGUACACUGGUUGUAAAAUCGGAAACAUGCCUUGGGAAAAAUGAAAAGGCAGUAUUGUCUGGAAUAAAAUCUUCCAUAAAGAAAUUGGAAGAAAAAUUGGAAGGAAAAUCUCCGAGAUGCAGACCAGGAUGGAAAGAAUACAAGGACAGCUGUUAUUUCUUUUCUAAAGACAAAAAACCCUGGCAAGAGGCGGAGGUAGAUUGUCGAAAUCUUGGAGGUUACCUUACACAAGUCACCGAUUCUGGCGAAAAUUCCUGGAUUGUUACCAUGAUCAAAAGUAAAAAAGUGACUCAGCAACAUUAUUGGAUGGGUGCAACAGAUUUUAAGGAGGGUGAUUGGAGAUGGGUGAAUGAUUUGUCUAAAGUAACUUAUACAGAUUGGAACACUGCGACACAUGAACCUACUAAUGCAGGUGGCAUAGAGGACUGUGCUCAUUUCUGGCAUGGACAGAACUACAAGUGGAAUGAUCAGCCGUGCAAAGAUGCAUUUGCGUACAUUUGUGAGAGCCCUCAGGGGUCGAAUUGUCUUCCAUACUCAAGACUGUUAAAGAGUUCUCUCCGUGGAAAGAAGUAACAAGCAACUUGUCGUGAGAAAAUAAAAGUCAAAUAAAGUUUGAUUCAUAUUUA